ACACAAUGAGAAAGGGCAGGGCAAAGAGAGGCACGGCACUGCACUUUUAAAGCAGGCCAGUUGGCUUGCCUCUUCAGUCUUAGCCCUUUCAGAUCCCUUCCACCAUGCUUUCUUCAGUCCUGCUGUGGUUCUGUGUUCUCCUCAUCAUCCUUCUACUCAAGUCCCAGAGGCCCAAGAACUUUCCACCGGGUCCCACUCGUGUGCCAAUACUGGGAAACAUUUUGCAGCUAAGCCUAGAUAACCCCUUGAAGGAUUUUGAGAGGCUGAGGAAGACUUAUGGAAAUGUCUACAGUUUGUACCUCGGUUCCAAACCAGCUGUUUUCAUCAAUGGGCUCGAGGCCAUGAAAGAAGCUUUAGUGACCAAGGCCAAAGAGUUUGCUGGGCGACCCCAAGACCUGUUUGUCAAUGAUACCACCGAUAGAAAAGGAGUUAUUCUGGCAGAUUAUGGACCUAGUUGGAAGCAUCAUCGUCGAUUUGCUCUGAUGACCUUAAGGAACUUUGGUUUGGGAAAGAACUCCAUGGAGGACAGGAUUCAUGGAGAAAUAAAAUACGUCAUUAAAAAGCUGGAAAAAAGCAUUGGCAAAACCAUGAGCCCUAAGGUUAUGUUUCAUAAUGCGUCCUCCAACAUCAUUUGCCAGGUUCUGUUUGGUAGACGUUACGAGUAUGAUGACAAAUUCAUCAACAUGAUCGUUCAAUGCUUCACUGAGAAUGCCAAAUUAGCCAAUGGACCAUGGGCGAUGCUGUAUGACUCCUUUCCCAUGAUUCGUAGCCUGCCGCUGCCCUUCCGCAAGGCCUUUAAAAAUGUUGAGAUUUGCCAGAAAUUUUCUAAACAGUUGUUGACCGAACACAAGAAUACCAGAGUCCCUGGAGAGCCACGAGACUUCAUUGACUGCUAUCUGGAUGAAAUGAAUAAGAGGGGCGAAGAUGGUUUAUUUUCAGAAGCACAACUGGCAAUGUACGUUCUAGAUAUUCACUUUGCUGGGACUGACACUACCUCCAACACCUUGCUUACUGGUUUCCUCUACUUUGCGACCUACCCACACAUACAAGAGCGCUGUCAACAGGAGAUAGACAAGGUGUUGAAUGGGAAGGAUCUGGCCAGUUUUGAUGACAGGCACAACAUGCCUUACGUGCAGGCUGUGAUCCAUGAAGUGCAGAGGAUAGCCAACACCGUUCCACUCAGCGUCUUCCACACUACGACACAAGACACAGAGCUCAUGGGGUAUACCAUUCCAAAGGGCACGCUGAUCAUCCCUAACCUGACCUCUUUGCUGAAUGAGGAGGGACAAUGGAAAUUCCCUCAUGAAUUCAACCCUGAAAACUUUCUCAAUGACCAGGGAGAGUUUGUUAAACCAGAGGCCUUCAUGCCUUUCUCUGCAGGUUCUCGUAUGUGUCUCGGAGAGGGUCUGGCUCGUAUGGAGCUCUUCCUCAUCAUUGUGACACUGCUGAGGAAGUUUAAGUUCAUCUGGCCUGAGGAUGCAGGAAAGCCAGAUUAUACUCCAGUCUAUGGGGUUACUCUUACUCCCAGACCUUAUAGCAUGAAGAUCAUACUCAGGGAAACACAGUAAGGUAGUCUGCAGACACACAGCAAUGGAGAUGGAUCCUGAUUGAUACUAGCAACCAACAAAUAUGAGCAAAUAUUAUGAAAAACAUGGCAGUUACUCACAGUUAAAUGUGCACACAAACACUUUUUGGGUAGCUGGCAGCACAUCAUAAAUUUCUUCUAGCAUGAUCGUAAUCCUGCCUGCCUCCAUGCCCCAGGCUUUAGUACCAGCUGGGCAUCCAAGCUCUGAGUCAUCUUUCACCUCUGCUCUCACUAGCCCUGUGGGUAUGCUUUUAUAUCUAUAUAUAU